AUGAAAGAGGAAAAAGAAGAAAAUCAUUUACAACUACAACCAAAUAGUGUAUUAAACAUCGCGGAAGAUCAAAGAGUUGGAUUAAAAGUACGAAAUUUAACAGUAUCCGUUAAAUCCCAACAACGAAAAAUUCAAGAUACUGAAUCAAAUGAACAAAUAAUUUCAAAUAUUCUAGACAAUGUAUCAUUUGAUUUAAAAUGUGGUCAAUUAAUGGCAAUUAUGGGUGGUUCAGGAAGUGGGAAAACUACGUUAUUAAAUACAUUAUCUCAAAGAACAAAUAUAACCAAUAAGAAUUUACAAUUUUCAGGUACAAUAAAUUAUGAGACUUCAUUACUGAAUACUACAAAUGGUCAUAUAAAACAUGCUUAUAUGUUACAAACAGAUAUUUUUUUACCUGGUUUAACAUUAUGGGAAACAUUAUCAACACAAGCUGAUUUAAGAUUACCUCCACAUGUUAGCAAGACAGAAAAAAUCGAAUUAAUAGAAUAUAUAUUGGAUGUAUUGGAGUUAUCUAGACUUCGAAAUACUCAAGUAUCUUCAUUUGGAACUCAUGGAUCAACAUUAUCUGGAGGCGAACAGAGAAGAGUUUCUUUGGCUAUUCGAUUAUUAUCAAAACCAGCAAUUUUAUUCCUAGAUGAACCAACUACUGGAUUAGAUACUUCUUCAUCAUUGAAAUUAAUUCAUGUAUUGAAAAAAUUAGCAUCUCCUGAAUAUGGUAUUACUAUUAUAUUAUCAAUUCAUCAACCAAGACCAGAAAUCACAGAAUUGUUUGAUAAAAUUUGUUUAUUGACUAGAGGUGGAAGAUUAGUUUAUUUUGGUAAUUUAUCUGAUGCAGAUAGUUAUUUUAACAAUAUUGAUUUCUUGAAACAAGAAGAACAAGAUCAUUCCAAGAAUAUACUUGAAUAUAUUAUGGAUUUAUCAGUUAAGGAUACUACUUCAAAAGAAAAAGAACUACAAACAGUAGAGAGAAUUAAUAAAUUAGUCGGGACUUGGAAGUCUACUCAUCCAUUUACUUCAGAAAUUGAAAAUGAUAAUAAUGGUGGUCGAUUUCAUAAGAACUUAAAAUUAUUCACUAAACCUAAAUCAGAUAAGAUUUCAUUUAUAAGAGAAAUAACUGUUCUUACUGAACGUACAUUUAAAUUAACAUAUCGUGAUUAUAAAGCUUUAACUGUGUUUAAUGUUGGUUCAAUUAUUCUUGCUAUCACAAUUGGAUGGAUGUUUUAUAGACCUAAACAUGAUUUAGCAGGGAUAAGAUCAUUAAUAUCUACUUUGUAUGUUGCAUUAGAGGUUGUCGGGUUUGUUCCUAUGUAUAUUGAAAUUGAAAGAUUAUGGACAACAGAUGGGGUUUUCUUUUAUAGAGAAUAUCUGGAAGGACAAACAAGUAUAUCUGGUUUUUUAAUAUCAAGAAGAUUGGGUAAAUUAUUUUUGGAAGAUAUUCCUAUGACUUUAUUGUUUUCUGUUAUAACCUAUUUCAUGUGGGGAUUACAAACUAGCAAUGGUAGUCAUUUUGGUAUUUAUUUUACUAUUAUUCUUUUAAUUGAAUUUUGUUGUAUGAAUGUUGCUAUGCUUGCAUUUGCAAUUGCUCCAGAUUUUUCCAUUUCUUCAUUGAUUAUAAAUAUUACGUAUCAAAUUCAAAAUAAUGCAUGUGGUUAUUUUGUUAAUGCUGCCACUAUGCCAGUAUAUGUUAGAUGGACAAAAUACUUGGCUUAUUUCUGGUAUUCUUUUGGUGCAUUAAUGAAUAAUCAAUUUCAUGGAUGGUUUGGUGAUUGUCCUUAUGAAGGUGGAUUUAGUAAUCCUCAAUGUGAAGAGUACACCGGUAGUUAUCAAAUUAAAUUACUUGGAUUCCCAACUGGAUGGAUAGGUGCACCAAUUGGAUAUUUAUGUAUCUGGGUCGUGGGAUAUUUAGUUGUCGCAGCAGUGAUUUUUAAAUUCAAAUCACAUGACAUAGGUAUGGCAAAAAUCAAAAAGAACAAAAUUGGUGGUGAGGAAGAAGAAGAAGAUGAACAUCAAAAGAAAGAUAAAAACACCGAUGGAGAAAAGGAUUAUAUCACCGAUAAACAUGAUUUGGAAAUUAAUAUCAAUGACAUUUACUUGGAGAUUAGAAACAAGAGUUUCUUUGGGAAAGUCACAUCUACAAAGACAUUAUUAGAUAAUAUCAGUGCUACUUUUGAAGCAAAUAAAGUUAAUGUAAUCAUGGGUCCAUCCGGGAGUGGUAAAACAACUUUGUUGAAUUAUUUAUCCAAUAGACUUUCACGUACUGUUAAUUUUGUAUCAAGAGGAUCAAUUAAAAUCAAUGGAUGUCAAGAAAUCAGUAGAAAAGAGCUUGCUAAUGUUUCAGCAUAUGUUACCCAACAUGAUAAUGCAUUAAUUGAUGUAUUGACAGUUAGAGAAACUUUAUAUUAUCAAGCAAAACUCAGAUUACCGUUGGAUCAACAUCAUAAUAUUCCAGUUAUAAUUAAUAAAUUAAUUAGACAAACGGGAUUGGUGGAUUGUGCUGAUACUUUGGUUGGAUCAGAAUAUACUAAAGGUAUAAGCGGUGGUGAAAAGAGAAGACUUUCUAUUGCGGUACAAUUAUUAAGUAGACCAAAAGUUUUAUUCCUUGAUGAGCCCACAUCUGGGUUAGAUUCUGCUACUGCAGAAACUAUAUUAUUGUUGUUAGAUGAUUUAGCUAAAGAGAAUAAUACUACUGUUAUUUUAACUAUUCAUCAACCUAGUGAAAGCAUGUUUUAUAGAUUUGGAUCAUUGUUAUUAUUGGGGACUGGUGGUAAAGUCAUCUACGAUGGAUGUUCUCAAGGUAUUGUUGAUUAUUUAAACCAUUUAGGAUAUACCAAUCCAAAGGGGAAUAACAUUGCUGAUUAUAUUUUAGAUUUGGUCUCCAAAGGUUUAGAAGAAGACAAACAACAACUGGAUAAAAGAAUUGAUGAUUUGAUUUGUCAUUGGAAGAAAAGUGGGUAUAAGAUCAAUCAAGGUAGUAUUGUCACGUAUCUGGAAGAGGUUAUUGAUCUUCCACAAUAUUAUUAUAAAAGAUUACCUAUAUUUGUUACUUUCCCAACCAUUGUGAAACGUCAGUUAUUAACUUCUUAUCGUUGUAAAGAUGUUGUUAUUAAUCGUGCCGGUCAAACUAUUUUCUUAGCCAUUGUACAUACAUUAUAUUUCACCCCAUUAAGAAAUUCCCAAGAUGGUAUUAGUAACAGAUUAGGGUUGGUUCAAGAAGUGCUCAAUUUGUAUUUUGCAGGGUUGAUCAAUAACAUCACUUUGUAUCCAUAUGAAAGAGAUUUAUUUUAUCAAGAAUAUCGUGAUGGAAUCUAUGGAGUUUCUGAAUUUGGAUUAUCAUAUUUCAUAAAUGAAUUACCUACAGAAAUCAUUCCAUGUUUGAUAUUUUCUGCUUUAAUUGUCUUUGCUGUUGGAUUACCAAGAACAGCCGGGAUGUUUUUUGCCAUGUUUGGUGCGGGAUUUAUAUCCAUUAAUUGUGGUGAAUCAUUGGGUAUUUUUGUUAAUAGUCUUUUCAAUCAUCUUGGAGUUGCAACGAAUGUUUUAACUACUUUGGUGGUAUUGGCUAUUUUCAUGGGUGGUACUAUGUCAUUACACAUGCCACAUUUUUUCAAAGCAUGGAAUUAUCUUAAUCCAAUGAAAUAUGCUGUUGCUAUUUGUACAAAUUUAGGAUUUAAGGAUCAAAAUUUUAGUUGUCCAGCAGAAACAUGUUUAUUGAAUACUGGUGAAGAUGUGUUGAAAUAUUAUAAUUUACAACAAAAUAUGGGUGGUAUGAUUGGUGGUUUAAUUGCGUGUUUUGUAAUUUAUAGAGCAAUUGCCAUCGCUUCCAUCUAUGUAAGAGUUAAAUGGUUUUAA